AAUAAAAUACUAGGAACAUUUGAUACGUACGCACUUUAAGCACCGAUUUACAAUCCUUCUCUGUCGGAACCAAAAGCAACCGCCAUGGGAAUCGUCGGGAAUCUCGCUCCACAGCAGCGCCAAUCUUUCGACGAUCGAGGUUUUAUUGUGAUUGAAUCAUUUGCGAGCACUGAAGAAAUUGAAGCUAUGAGGAAAAGGAUGGACGAAUUGCUUCAGGACUUUGACCCCACCACCACUGCUUCUAUUUUCUCCACCAAAAAUCAGUUGAAGUUGACCAAUGAAUACUUCUAUGAAAGUGCUGAAAAGAUCUCCUUUUUCUUUGAAGAGAAAGCAUUUGAUGAUAAGGGAAAUUUAAAGCAAUCGAAGGAGCUUUCUAUUAAUAAAGUUGGGGCAUGCGCUACAUGAGAUUGACCCAGUUUUCAAAGAAUUUCCUUGCUCUGAGAAAGUUU